ACUAGGGUUUUGGGGUUUGCUUCCUUCCUUCCUUGGAAUGUGAAGAUCAGAAGCAGGAGCAGCAACGUCAAUUCGAGAAUGUCGGUGAUGCAGCGUUACGGGCGCACCAAGAGCGUUCUGAAGCGUUCGAAGAAGUACUUGGACGAAGCGCUUUACUUGAAGCUCUUCAGGGAAGGUUCCUCUGAACUCAACGUGCGGCAGCAGCUGAACCAAUUCUUCAAGAGCGGAAAGCGCGUUUACAAAUGGGAGGUCGGCGACACACUCAAGAAGCUUCGCCAACGCCAUCUCUAUUCCCCUGCUCUCAAGCUCUCACAAACCAUCGCUAAGAGGAAUAUGAACAAGACAGUCAGUGACCAUGCUAUACAUCUUGAUUUGCUUGCUAAAGCUCAAGGCAUUGCUGCUGCUGAGAAUUAUUUUGUUAAUCUCCCUGAAACAGCAAAAAAUCAUCUAUGUUAUGGAGCCCUUCUCAACUGUUACUGUAAGGAAUUGAUGACUGAAAAAGCAGAAGGUCUGAUGGAAAAGAUGAAGAUUCUCAAGCUUCCUUUAAGUUCCAUGUCUUACAAUAGCCUUAUGACUCUGUAUACUAAAGUAGAGCGGUCAGAGAAGAUUCCCUCCAUCAUAGAAGAAAUGAAAGCUAGCAGUAUAAUGCUGGACACAUACUCGUAUAAUGUCUGGAUGAGAGCUCUUGCUGCUGUUAAUGAUAUUUCUGGUGUUGAAAGGGUUAUGGAUGAGAUGAAGAGGGAUGAUCAAGUCACUGGAGAUUGGACGACAUAUAGCAACUUAGCAUCAAUCUAUGUCGAUGCUAGCUUGUUUGAGAAGGCAGAAGUAGCACUCAAAGAAUUAGAAAAGAGAAAUGCUCGCAAAGAUCUCUCUGCAUACCAGUUUCUAAUCACAUUGUACGGGAGAACAGGUAACUUAUUAGAGGUUUACAGGGUUUGGCGUUCUCUUAGGCUGGCAUUUCCUAAAACCGCAAACAUAAGUUAUCUGAACAUGAUUCAAGUGCUGGUUAAUUUGAAAGAUCUUCCCGGAGCAGAAAAAUGUUUCCGGGAGUGGGAAUCUGGAUGUCCUAAGUUUGAUAUCCGAAUUGCAAAUGCUCUGAUUGGAGCAUACACAAAACUAGAUAUGCUGGAGAAGGCCAAAGAGAUCAAGGAACGUGCUCGAAGGAGGGGUGCCAAGCCUAAUGCUAAGACCUGGGAGAUCUUUCUUGAUUACCAUCUUCGAAAAGGAGAAUUUAAGUUGGCUGUGGAUUGUCUAGAUAAUGCAGUAUCAAUUGGUAGAGGAAAUGGCGAGAAGUGGGUUCCAUCAUCAGAGACCAUUAGUGUUAUGAUGAAGCAUUUUGAGCAAGAGAAAAAUGUUGAUGGUGCAGAAGAAUUUGUAGAGAUCUUGAAGAAAUCUGUGGAAUCUCCUGGUGCAGAGGUAUUUGAAUCCUUAAUUAGAACUUAUGCGGCUGCUGGUAGGACCAGUGCUGCUAUGCGACGACGAUUGAAGAUGGAGAAAGUGGAUGUGAGUGAAGAAACCAAGAAGUUGCUUGAGGCUAUCUCAGUGGAGUGAAUAGUGAUAGUCUCAUCCUUCAAGUUUUGAUUGCUGUAAAAUCAAUGAAGCCGUGAACGUUGCACACAUUUUGGCUUUGGUAAUAAUAUCUGGUAUGUCAAUUAAAUUCAAACCUGUUGAGGUGACACAUUUUUUCGACCAUUGAAUAUGGGAAAUGGAUUAGAUGGAUUUUGGAUUCGGUAA